AUGAAGUCCAAGAUGUGGCCUGCACUGCUGCUGUCCCACCUCCUCCCUCUCUGGCCACUGCUGUUGCUGCCCCUCCCACCACCUGCUCAAGGUUCCUCCUCCUCCCCUCGAACCCCACCAGCCCCAGCCCGGCCCCCCUGUGCCCGGGGAGGCCCCUCUGCCCCACGCCAUGUGUGCGUGUGGGAGCGGGCACCCCCACCAAGCCGAUCCCCUCGGGUCCCAAGAUCUCGUCGUCAAGUCCUGCCAGGCACUGCGCCCCCUGCCACCCCGUCAGGCUUUGAGGAGGGGCCACCCUCAUCGCAGUACCCCUGGGCUAUUGUAUGGGGCCCUACAGUGUCUCGAGAGGACGGGGGGGACCCCAACUCUGCCAACCCUGGAUUUCUGCCUCUGGACUAUGGUUUUGCAGCCCCCCAUGGGCUGGCCACCCCACACCCCAACUCAGACUCCAUGCGGGGUGAUGGAGAUGGGCUCAUCCUUGGAGAAGCACCUGCCACCCUGCGGCCGUUCCUUUUUGGGGGCCGUGGGGAAGGUGUGGACCCCCAGCUCUAUGUCACAAUUACCAUCUCCAUCAUUAUUGUUCUCGUGGCCACUGGCAUCAUCUUCAAGUUCUGGUAAGCUGCAAGGAGGAGGGUGCUGGCAGAUGGGGACCAGAUGUUUAGCAAUGUUUGCUCUACUCUGAGCCCGUGGGGGGAGGGAGGGAGGGAGGGGGCGUGGAGGAAUCGGGGUUCUCGGGAGCACGAGCUGCAGCACCACUUCCGGCAAACGCCGCCCCUCCCGCGCUCUGGCUCAGGCUCUGGCGCCGCCGCAGCCGUCGCCGCCGGUCUUCAGUUUUGCCUUCUGAGCCAGUCCUCAGGGGCAGGGGCCCUUCUCUUCUUCCACCUCUUCUGUUCUCUGACCCCUGGUUACCUGUGGCCCUGUGGAACGAAGAAGAACCAGUGCCUGAGCCCAGGAGUGGAACCCAAGCACUGGUGA